UGUAAUCUUGCAUAGGUUAUAUCACUUCCUUUUGCCUCUUCCUUCAACAUGUAGAAGCAAAACAGUGAAACGAAAUUUUCAAUUGCUUCUUUGCUCGCUGUGCAGCCCACUUACAAGAAUAUGCCAAACAAAGAUCAGCAAUCCUCGAUGGAAAAAGAGCAUGAUCAUAGAUUCCAGCGCACUGAACAAUGGAAGCCUGUUUAUUCUUGGCUGGAAUCACUUGACACAAUUGAGGUAAUUAAGUCCAAUGAUGUGUUAGAUUGGCUGAGUGCCAACCCAGAAAUCAGUGACAAACUGCAUUCUAAGCAUGCCCGCCACCAUUUGCUUCAUUAUAUCAAGAUAUGCCAUGCCAAAAUCUUGAAGCGAAAGGGAUUGAUAGUCAGAAAGAUUGAUCAGAGGAAGGGAUCACUUCAUUGUAAUGGCCCUAGUUUGAGCAGCAUACCUAGAGAGAGUGAGCUCUACAAAGCAAAACAAAGUGAAGCUUUGCUGAAAUAUGAGAUCUUGGUAGGUUUGGAGAAACAGCUUAUACCUCUCUUUGGAAAACACGUCAACUGAUCAUCGUAAUUUUACACACCUCAUAUUGUGAGAGAUGAAAAUCUGCACAAGAUUUUGAUGUAGUUUUUCUGGCUGAGAGAUGUUCAAAAUUAUGUAAUGUGGUAUUGCUGCUGGUAGCUGUGUAAAUUCGCUCUCUUUCUCGGCUGAGUAGUUCGUUGUCAGUGUUAAUAGGAAUCGAACAAGUUUUCAAUGAGCCUUAUUCCGUAUGUGUAUUUCUUCGUUAGUUUAUUUGCA